AUCCGUUAGUUCGCUCUCGGACUUUACUCGCGGUAGACGGGCUUAAUUCAAUCUAAUCAGCAGUGUAUUUUUUAUUGUGUGUAUUGCUGGCCAUUAUCUGGGUCUUUACAAUGAUAAGAGAUUAGUGAGCCAAUUCAAAACGAGACGGUUCUGCUGAAUUCUGUGCAGUUCCUUUUGGAUUUGUGUUGUGAAGUGAACGGUUUAAAUAUUGAUAAAACCCUCAAUUUCUGUGGAGAGAACUUGUUUUCACCCUUUUCACCGGACCCAGUCGUCAGUAUCACAGACGGAUUUGUUUACGUUUCAUAUUUUGUUCUCUGAGCGCGGCUCAAGAUAUCCAUCCACGUCGAGAAUGAGCAACAGUGGCGGUGCGUUUGUUCAAAUUCUGGAAGCACCAGACAACUGUGAACGCGUGUCUCAGCUGAGAAAUUAUUUCCUGAACGCGUUCAAUCGCAAACCAACGUUUAUCGUCAGAUGCAGCGGGCGGGUCAACAUUAUUGGAGAGCAUGUGGAUUACUGCGGGUAUCCUGUUCUUCCCAUGGCCAUCGAACAAACUAUACUGCUAGCAGCUGCUCCUACUGAAGAUAACCUCAUACACCUUAAAAACGUUGAUUCCAAAUACAAACCUUUCAAAUGCAAUAUCAACACGUUUACCAUAGAUGUGCAUGACUCGGAUGGCCCAGCGUGGUAUAAAUACUUACUUUGCGGCGUGAAAGGUGUCCUAGAGUACGCCAAACCGCAAAACGCAAACGGAAUGAUGGUGCUGCUAUCGGGGAAUAUACCACCCGCAUCCGGGCUGUCCAGUUCCAGUGCAGUGGUCAGCGCGUCUGUUCUGGCUACAGCCUAUUUAUACAAUCUUCCACUGGAAAAACAAUGCCUGGCUACCAUUUCAGCUGAAUGCGAACGCUACAUUGGAACACAGGGCGGUGGUAUGGAUCAAGCUAUUGCUUUUCUAGCGCAACAGGGCUGCGCACAGUUUAUCGAAUGGAGCCCACUGAGAGCCACGUCGGUGAAUUUACCAGAAAACGCCGUAUUCGUUAUUGCCAAUAGUUUGACUGAGGCCAACAAGGCAGCAACUUGUGACUUCAACCAACGAGUCGUUGAAUGUAGAUUAGCAUGCAGGGUGCUUGCAAAAACGAUGCAUUUGAACUGGCGGGAAAUCCAACGUUUCUCUGAUUUGCAAAAGGCGCUGGGAUAUUCGCUGCUCGAAAUGGAAAAGUUAACUAACGAACAUCUCAAACAGCUUAGCUACAACAGACAAGAGUUGCUCGAUUUCUUCGAUAUUAGUAGAGACGAUUUUGUUGAAAACUUACUGACUCCCAACACCCGAGAGGCUGAAUCUUUUAAAUUACGACAACGUGCGUUACAUGUAUUCCAAGAAUCCAUGCGAGUUCAGACAUUUGUGAACGUAUCUAGGGAUCAAUCAGAAAGAACAAUACACUUGAUGAAAAACCUGAUGAAACAAUCGCACGACAGCCUCAAAACAUUGUACGAAUGUUCGCACCCGAACUUGGAUAAGCUAGUUGAAAUAUCCCAAACAUUCGGAAUUGGAGCAAGACUAACAGGAGCAGGCUGGGGUGGUUGCAUCGUGGCUUUGUGCGAUGGUGUAGAGCAAAGCGAACAAUACAUCAAAGCUCUCAAAGAAACCUACUUUGCGAACAAUCCCCGUGCAGAUGGGAAAGAUCUGUCUACCAUCGUAUUCGCCACCAGUCCGCAGAGAGGUGCUGAAAUAUACCUUCUAGAUGCUAUGAAAACGGCUAUAAACUAACGUUUCAAUUUUCUGAAACCGUAAAAAGGAUCUGCUUAUUUCCAAGUUACCAUUAUAGACAUUAACUUAAUAGCUACAAAUCGAUAUAUCUUCAUCUUAUCAUUGUAUUUUUUCGACUGUUGAAUUUCGAAGAGUACUAUCUUGCCCAAUAAGUCUUAUAGAUUUUAAAAGCUAGCAUAAAAUCACAACAAUGAGGAUUAUACUUUUUCUAGGACUUAAUUGUGUUGAAGAAAAGUAAGAAGAGUGUACAAGGCUUUUUGUCACAUUUGUUUCUUAAGAAACUUUUUCAUGAAUCAAAGUACCUACUAGAAUUUUAAUUAAGCUGACCUAAUUAACCUGACGCUUAAAAGUUCAAAAUUAAAGUUAAUCACCUAUAGUAACAAAUCGAACUACUUAUAAUUUUGUUGCUUUUUAUCCUCAUUAUGCAUUAUUGAGAAAACACUUAGCAAAGUUAUUAACCUGUAUGUUUUUUUCUUGAAUCACGAAUGAUAAGUUUUGUUUUUCUUCGUUUGUUGGAAGUGUCACUUAAAUAGGAACGAAAUAAAGAAAGAACUUCAAAUUUCACUAUCAUAGCAAUGUUUUAUUCAAAUAAGGUAUUACAUAUUGAGCCAUGGAUGAAUUCAUAUCGUAAAAGCUGAAACGACCCAAACGUAUGAGAUAAAUUUAAACAAUUUUCAAUGAGUCACCAUAUGCUAAUUAAACUCUGUUUCACUAUUUCUUUACAUGCUAUUAGAAAGGCAUAGAAACACGCGCUUAAACUAUCAAACUUUUCUUUACAGCUGAAGCCUGCUCGCUGUCUUUUUCCAUAGUGUCCAAAAGUUCGAAUAAUUUUAUCAUUGCUGAAAAGAAAAUUAUAACAAAAUUUAAAAAUCAAUUUAAUAAAUUUAACUAUUUUUGAAACUUACAAUAUUUAUCAAUUUCGUUCAUCAUUGGUAGCAAUAUAUCCAUUCGCUGACAUUUGGCCAAUUGCUGCAUUAUCUUCAGGGGGGAAUAGUUGUUGGCGGCGCAAUUUUUCGCAAGUACUUGCAGAAUGUCCGUUAGCAUGGCGCUACCCAUAGUGGCUCCCAAAAGUUCAUGGAGAGGUUGAUUUUCAAGACUCU